AUGGGCAACUCUCAAUCGAGCCUUGCCAAAGAAGACUCCCGCCGUGCCAACCGCCUCUCCAAGCCUCUCACUAAAAGAUCGAGUGCUCCUCCACCUCCACCCGAGCCAGACAACUCUUCUUCCCUUGGUUCGGGUUUAAUAGGUUGGCAGAACCCAUGGGUUGGUCAUAACAUCAGCUCCCCCGUCGAGAAACGGGGCAGUUAUCCCAAGAAAGCAGAUAUUCCCCCCACUUUAUUUGAGACAGAGUCGCCCGAAGAGAGCCCCACUGCGGAGCGUUCUUUUGACUACAAUCCGGUCAUUGAGAGACGACGUUCGGCCCGCCCAAGGUUAAUGACCGUAGGGUCUAGGAGAACGUCGUACCAGUCGGAUACCUGCUCCCAAACCUCGCCUGUUUCUGAACAGCCACCGAGCCGGGCCAGUUCGACACGAACUGCCUUGCAGAGGCACAACAGUGCGGUGUAUGAAAACGAUGGCACAUCUUCCAAUACCCACUUUUUGGUUGGAAACCAAAGAUUCUCAUUGACGCGCCGUCGGUCCCUUUUGACGCGCCCUGGAGUGGCCACAAGAAGAACGACAGGUGCCGUUCGACGUGUUCCGUCGCCAAUCGGAGAGCCUGAGUGUCAGAGUGACGAUCCUGCCGAAUCUGCCGAGUCUGCCGCGUUGCAGUGGCCGCUGCCUGUAUCCCCGCGUUCGCCCUCGCCGGUGAGACCGCCGAGACCAACGAGCCCAACAGACACCCGGUAUACUCAGCUUGGAGCACUCAAGCUGGGAUCUCUACGGGUGGUGAACGGCUCGGCUUCUCCCUGUCCAAGCGAUCGCACUACCUUGAGCAGUACUGCCCCGGUCUCAGGACUUGGGCUUGAGAACUUGGAAGUCACAAUGCCUAGCAGAGGCACCACUCUCGAUAUCCCAUUAUUCCCUGAUCUGAAAAAGUCAGACGAUCUCCCAGGUAGUCCCUUCUCGUUUGAGAAAUCUCCCACCAUCACAGUUGCACCUAAGUCAAAGGCGAUCUUCCCUACAGACGUGGACGACGAAGGAGUCGUCCUUUUUGAUGAUACGAGAUUUCAGUUGGACAAGAGUACUGCAAGUGUUGGUGUUGCCCGCAGUACAUCUCGGUCACUCAACAAGUCCGACAGCGGUUACAGCUCGGCUACCUCGGUCCACUCUAUGCAACGAAGCCGAACAAAAAGCUCCACUGGCUCUCAAACAUCGGUAUCAUGCGGAGCGGACAGCGUGAAGAACGUUUGGGUCUCCAGUGGCACUGAUUCAGACCAACCUGCCACGAUGGCGCAGCGUCAUCUCAGCGUGCAGUCGAAACCCGAAAACUACUCUCGACUACAUCUCACCGCUACGCGCUGGUAUGACGCGAGUGAUUCAGCACCUCUCGCUCCCUCCCGAUCCCGUCGCUCGACAUUGUGUGCGCCGCGAUACACGGAAUACUCACCGCGCGAAUUCACAGUCGAAAUCCGACCCAGUGGGGUUGUGUCUCCUUACCUCUCGCAGCCACAGCAACCGCACCACCAGCAAGGUUUUACUCGGGGUCCAUUCUAUGGCGAUCGAUUCUCGGUGACUUCACUCGAUGGCACAUCCUCUGCGGGCUCUUCUGCUACGUGGGACUCACAUAGUUCUCAGCAAACGAUGACGGACUCAAGUGAGCGACUUCGCAAAUCGGCCUCCGAAUACUGCAUGCAUGAUGGCUUCAACCAAAAACACACCCGAAGCAAAAGCCGAACGGGCCGUGUCUGGACGAAGAAGCCCGGUGUUGAAGCUCCACCGCUGCCUACGAUCUUGUCACCGGGCUACUUGCAGGAUGACCUCGAUCAUGGGCUCAACCUUCACCUUGUGGAGUCGGAGCCUAUGCGAGGCCGACCUCGGAGCCGAAGCCACGACUAUCGCCGUCGAAGGCUGACCAAACCCCGCCCCCAGGCGGACACCUGCGUUUGA